GAACUAAAAAAGUCGGAAUAAAUCAAGGAAACAUGGUGCUCGACAUUAAGAUGUGCCGAUUUGAUAAUGUGCCCUGGGGCUUUCGCCUGGUGGGCGGGGCGGACUACGACUAUCCGCUGACUGUGGUUAAGGUGACCGAGGGCAGCAUUGCUGACGAGGCUGGACUCCGCGUGGAGGACAUCAUUGUGCGCAUCAAUGACACGGCUGCCACGCCCCUUACCCACGACGAGGCCCACCGCCUCAUCAUGAACAGCGGGAGCGUCUUCUACUUCGGCGUCUACCGGGAGAACGAGGAGGACGCCUACGAGUGCCUGAAGAAGUUUCCCACCAGCGAGGGUUCGUUGACCAAGUCACCAAUGCCAACCAUUUCACCAUCGCCGACUCCAUCGCUGUCCCAGUUGACGGAAACCACAAAUGCCCGUACUCCGGAACCGGAGCCAUUCGUCCCGCCGCCCCGGGAAAUCGCCGCUACGACUGUUGCAGCUCCUGCUGUGCAAGUGGACGUGGACGUGGAUGUCCUGGCGGAAUGUCGCCCAGCCGUGUCGGAAGUGCAUUCGGAAGAGAAUCGCGGGGAUGUGAAUGUGGAUGAUGCAACAGCCCGGGCAGAAGAAGGAGCCCCUCCCGUCGAGAGUCUCUACUUGCCGGAUUUGCCCGAUCGCCCGUGCUCGGCGCUGUCCGAAAGGCAGGAAAUUAAGCUGGUGGAGGAGGAAAUUGCAGCCGUGCUGUCCGGCGAGUCGGAGGUGCUCAAGGAGCACAAUGUCCUCGGCGUCAAUUUCUAUAGGAUCUUCCCCAAGCCGGGCGUCUGCAUGUCCAGCGAUGUUCUGCGCUCCCUCAACGAGGAGGUGACCAAGACCAAGCUGGAAAAGGACAAGGAGAACCGUCAGUGGUCAACCUUCCUGCAGCGACCCAAUCGUCCCGUUCCCAAGAGCAAGCAAUCCCUGGAGGCGGAACGUCGGGCGGCCAAUGCCUACAAGGUGACGAUUGUUAAGUCGGCGCCGCGGGAAAAGUCGCCAAUGCCGGAAGCUAAGCCGCCACCAAAGGAAGCCACGCCACCCAAGGAAGAGGAGCAAAAGGAAGAGGAACCAGUGGCGGAGAAGGUGGUGGAGCCCGAACCGGAGCCCGAAAAGGAUGACGAGCCACUGCCCACGGACAGUGAGGUGCCGAAUCUGGAGCAGCUGCCCGAGAGCGAACUGCCGGACGAGCAGCCGGAGAAGUCCGAUGCUCCCAAGGAGGUUUGCGAAGCGGAAGGGGUUGUCCAAACAGAGCCGGGCUCACCCGACGGCAAAGAAGCUGCCGAGGAUUCAGCAGCAGGAGCCACCCCACCGGCGGAACCCAUUGCUCCGCUGCCAGUCAAAAGCGAGGAGGAAUUGGCCCUGGAGCGCCAGUUGGCAGAUGUGCAGCGACAACUGGCCGCCCUCUCGUCACUGCCCUCCACCAUCCAGUCCACCCUAGAUGCGGUGACCAAGCAGUUGGCCGAAUUGCUGCCCACCUUUAAGCUGCAGCAGCAGGAGAAGCAGUUGCCGCAAAUCGAUGAAAACCCAGCCAACGGGGUGCAGGAUGAGGAUGGGGUGACCGCCAUCAACGCCGCAGGCGAAACAGAGGAUGCAGGCAAGGACAUAUCCAUAUCUGGCAGUGACAACCCACCGGUGGGGCCAUGUGAGAGUAAUGAGGAUAGAUGCGAUGCCAAUGACCGGGAGGUGGCGGAAAUAUCGCGCUCCACUGACGACAAUCGCCUGGCCAAGGACAAGAAAAAGGAUCUGGAUCCGGAGCAGGAGCAGGAGCAGGAACCUCUGUCCGAGGAGCAGAGCUUCAAGAAGCAGAAGAGACACGAUGUCAUUGAGGAGCUCGAGGAGCAUUUGGUGCGCAAAAACAAUCCCCGGCGGUCGAAGCGGGCCUUUGGGCCACUGGUCCCAUCCUCGGAGCGUCCGUUGGUCCUUCCCGGCGGACGGCGCUGGUACCGUCCCAAGGAUGCCUACAACGAUGAGUUCAUUGCCGAGACCCUGAGCGCCCAGGCGGAGCUCAUCACGGGCAGCACUCUCGGGGUCAACUUCAUGAAGUACCAGAAGCCGGAGCGCAAAAUCGAUCUGAAUCGCAGCGAGGUGUACAAGUAUCUCAAUCCGCAUCUGGACAGGGCGCCCGUGCGUGGCAUCGAGGUGCGUGCUCCUCUGGUGGCCGCCGAGUCCGACAUUCGCCAGUCACUGCAAUCGUAGGAAUGAUGCACCACCUCCUCCAACUCCACCCCGAAUGUUCAACAACAGGGCCACUCCCCGAAUCUCAAGUCAAUCCCAUAGGUACACAGAGCAAAAAACGAUAUGCCAUUCACAUUUUCGAUGGGAUUGGCUGAAAAAGUCCCUGUAUUUGGCAGAGAGGCGUUUGGACAGCUUUCAGUUUUGAUAAAUGGUAAAAAAUUGAUUCAGAUGGUCAACUGACAAGCAGCAAAAUCUUUAAUAAGAGAGAAUAUUGAUUGCGUUUUUACAAUAUUUAACCGAUUAUUAACCAAAGUUUGAACAUGUUUUUGGAUAUCAUAAGAGCCAUAUCAUUAUAAAUCGGUAGUUCAUUUUAGUAUGUGUAUCUUGAUAUGACCAAUUCCUUUUUGGAAUUGCUCUUGCCAAGAUAUUUUUGCCACAAAUUAAAAGCCAAUCAAUCAUCUCUAAGGAAAACCUAUGAAAAAUGAAUGAGAUAAGUGCAAGUGCGCUCUAAAUACUGUCACCUACUAAAUUAAACUUCAAAAACUGAACUAAAACACAUUUUAUCUUGAUGGUGAUAAACGCCUUUCUGCUGAUAUUCAAAAUGCUCAAUAGAAUAGAGAAAUAUAUUGUCUGUUAAAAUACAUA